AUGGAAUCCCCACCUCAAAAUUCAUACUAUUUGUGUUGCAGAGAAUUCACCAAUGCAUAUUCCUUCAAGAGAUGUUGUUUCUUUGUCUUCAUUUUCCUUUUUUUCACCGCUGCAACAUUAGGCGCGAUUACUCUCAUCAUCUUCUUCGUCUUGAAGCCCAGAGAGCCCGUCUUUUCUCUCCAAACCAUCAAAUUGGAUGCAUAUAAGCUCGAUACCAAUUCAAACUCGAUGCUUUUUGUUUCAUCUGUUAUUUCUUUAACCUUAAAUGCUCAAAACCCUAACAAGGUUGGCAUAAAAUAUAGCCGUUCAAGGCUUCAUGUUCUUCAUGAAGGACUCCCCAUUGGAGAAAUCAAAGUACCGAACUUUUAUCAGCCUGCUCACAGCACGAAUGUCAGCGUGAGAGCUCGGGUUUUGUUUCAGUGUGUGAAUGUUAGCGAACUCAUUUAUGGAGAUUCAUCGGAAGAUGAUACGAUGAAAGGCAUUGUUAAGAUGAAAUUAGUUGGUGACAUUGCAGCUCAUGUGCAGGUGCUACAUAUUACCUUGCCAAAGUUUAAGGUUGCUUUGGAGUGUGACAUAGGUAUUGACUACAAGAACUCGACAUUCAGAAAUGAACUUCUUGCCGUGAGAGAUUUUGAAGAGCAUUUUGCAUCUCUCAUCUCUUCCGACUCGGAAACAUUCUCCAAGAAUUGUUCAUUGGCUUUUUACUUGUAA